CUUAUUUCAAUGGAAAAAGAUGCUCAAGCAGGUGAACCAGAAGAAGAAGAAGUCGAUGAUGAGCUGUCAAGUACAGACUUGUACGAAGAUUCUAUGGCUGAAGUGACAUUGAAUGAGACACGCGGAGGACAUGACUCUGAUCCAUUCGAUCGAAGUGGUGAAUAUGAUGAAGACGUCGAUCUUGCCGCACCUCCUCCAAUCACUCCGGAUAUUCCAGAAAUCCCUGCAGAUGUGCUGAUUUCGCUGAAAAAUCGUGCAGAAGGAACUGCCAUCGAUCUCAAAAAUCUCAAAAAUCCAUUUGACGAUUCUCAAAAAGUGGAUGAAUCCGAAGUUGAAGCUCCAUUAAAAUAAUGAUUCUCCCUGUGAAUGUUGACAUCUAGUCGAGUCGCUAGUUACGGUUUUCUUCGAACACCUAUUUUUGCUUUACAUUUUCAGUUCAUAUCAUAAAUUUAUUUUUAUUUAA